AUGGAUUCUGUUACUAAUCAUUAUUACAAAUUAAAUCGUUUACUUUUUUUAAUAGUUGGUCAAUGGCCUUAUCAAGAUUACAGAAUGAAAUUUACUCUGAUGAUUAUCGUGUUUUUAUAUUUUGGUAUAGCUUUAAUAGGUCAGUUUACAAAAUUGUUGGAAGAUAUCGAAGAUGUUUGGAAUGCAACAAAAACGAAAGAAGAAAUUGAAAUAAUCAAAAUUUAUGCUGAAGAAGGUAGAAACUAUACUUUGUUUCUUACAGCAUUCAGUUACUUUUCAUUAGGUUUCGUAGAUUUGGUUUCAUUGAUGCCAUGCAUAUUAGAUGUCGUUUUACCACUUAAUAAUACUCGAACUCGUAAAUUUUCAUAUCAAGCAGAAUUUUUUCUUGAUAUAGAGAAAUAUUUUUAUCCUAUUCUAUUCCAUACGUGGAUAACUAUGUUUUUCGGUGUGACCAUACUAAUCACUACAGAAAGUAUAUUUCUUAUGUUUGCUCAACAUUGUUGUAGUAUGUUCAAAAUACUUUGUUACAGAUUGGAACAUAUUUAUGAUAAAAAUUUAGAAAACACCAAUAGAAAUAACGCCUAUUACGAAGCUCAAUAUAGAAUAGCUGAUUGUAUAAAAUAUCACACAAAAAUUUUAGAGUUGAUUAAAAUACUUCUUGGAACAUACGAGGUAUUAAUAUAUUUAGCUUUAGUUGGAAGCCUUGUGUGUCAUGGAUAUCUUUGUGUUUAUCCUGGACAAAAAGUUUUAGAUCACAGUAAUUUGUUAUUGGAAAAUGCGUUAAUACAAUGGAUUCUGGUAUCUCGCUCCGAUAAAAGCACAAAAAUUAUUAUUGAUAAUAAUAAAAAGAAGUACGAACAGUACUCCAAUAAUUAUUAUGAAACUAUGUGUACUCUCGCAUUAUAG